AUGCACGAAACAAACAAACACCCAAGAAUGCGCAACAGAAGUGAAGAAUUAAAGAAGAAAAGGGUAAUUUUAUACGAGAAAAUCAAGAUAAAAGAGAAAACAGAAGUGCAAUUUUUGUUCAGCAGGAUCUCAAAUAGCCUAAUACAACUGGAAGAAUUAAUAAUUUCCGUUGAAAAAGAGUGCAUAAAAUAUUCCAUCCCCAGAUUCACAUCUAAGUCACAGAUAAUUGAUAAAAUUGAAGAAAAUAAGCAGAAUAUAACAGUAAUCCUGACUAAGGCCAGGGCAGCCUUAGACUAUUUCUCACAGAAAUUCCAUAAAUCCAUAAAUCACGGCCUAGUAGAGUCAAUUUCCAUACAUUUCCAGUAUAAAAUUGACACCUUAAUUAAAAGAAUGCAUAUAUCUCUGCAGGAAAUUGAAAAAAUACAGACUAAGCAUAUACAGAUGCAUAAAGAUACAACGGGAAUUGAUGCCGUAUAUAAAUCUGUGCAUAUUAUAACAGAAUUAAUUAGAGAACUAAAAACCGUUGUAAUUUCACAAUCUGAUAAGAUUGAUAGGCUGGAUGUGGCAAUGGACUAUAUUACAACGGGCUCUAAUAAGUGCGUUGCUGAAAUAGGUGAAAUAUCUGUAUUUGGGUCGCAUAUUAAGAAUAGAAUUAUUUCUGUAUUAUUUUGUUGCAUAUUCAUUCUUGUUGUGCUUAGUACUAUUAAGGCUUAUUCUCAUUCUGUUGUGAAGCGUGUGAAAAUAGUUAAAGAGUGA